AUUUUCAUCAUCAUGGUGUCCCUUACUCUCCAGGUGAGCGGGGGGCACACAUGAAAGGCACGACCAUCGAUGGCCACCGUCAGUCAUUGCCUGCAGAUCUUCUACUGGCCCUGGCUUUCAAAUGAGAACAACUGUACACAACACAAUCCCAAUCACAGACAGACAACGGCUGCUCUCACUCGAUGGUCUGUGUUGUGUUUGUAGUCCUUGAUGUGUCCUUGCUGCUGGCCUUAUGCGUCAUGUGUGUGAGCGGCUCGUUCUUCAUCCCUCGCACAGACAAGAACGAGGACGUCUUCGCGGGCACACUUAUGGGCACUGUCGUCAUCAGCUUCACACUCGUCCUGGCCAGCAUCAUACUGCCCAUCGUCUUCUCGUCGAGUGCUCGCCUGAAAAAGAUCGAAGAAAUGAAGCUCAAGAAGCUGGCGAUCGACUCCAAGAUCGUGAGCAGGCUGGAAUUGGAGAAGUGCGACUGCCGGAUGCCAGCUCUGUCUGUCUGUAAUCAGGUGGGGUAUUGCCUGUACAACACGCCUGCCAACCUGCUGGUGACCAGGCAGACGGCCAUCCUCACACAACACAACAUGUGCUGCUUAGAUACACACGUGUGUGCGUGUCGUUGUUUGUGCAUGCAGGAGGGGGACCUGGAUACGGUGACGGCCCUCGAUCGGCGAAAACUGAGACAGACAGUCGAUAUGCUCAAAGUGAGAGUUACAGGCUGGCCAGAUAGGCUCGCACUCAUGCACGCUUGUCGAUUGUUGUGGUGCGUGUCUCGAUGCAGCUGGAGGCCAUCGACAAGCCUCUCUACCUGAGAGGCCUGCACAAAGUCCUCGAAAAAGACGGUUUGUGCUCAACCAUCAGAGAGACAGCUACAUGCGCCUACCUGCUCCCGCCUCCGUGUGUGUGUGUGUGUGUGUGUAGCCGGCGGGCUCGUGCCGGACUCGCUCUACGAAGGCGAGUACGACAUCAGCAUGAAGAGAUCAGGGUGAGCAAAGGAAAAGGCCGUCUGCAUUUGUAUAUGAUGGAUGCCUCCUGCCGCAGUCGGCUAACGCGAGCGCACAUGGUGAGCCAGAGGACGGGCCUCGGUCCUCUAAGCGUCAUGAGUAGCUCCGAAUCUGUCGACCGCAAAGGCAAGGGCGGCGGUGACGGGGCCGACAGGGGCGGCAGGGUGAGACGGCCGUCAGUCGUCCAGUCUAUAAGCCCCACAAUGCACUCGCCAGAUCAAUCACCCGUCCGCAAGCCGCCGCCACCGCAGCACCAGACGAGGUAGGCACCUACGAACACGCCACAGCAGUCAAAUCACAUGCAGCACUGAUUUGUGUGAUGUGCUGGUGUUGCGUUUCUCUCAUGCAUGAGUGCAGUCCUGGAUUUGGUUCCAUGGAGAGUUAUGAGAGCGAUGAGGGCAGCGUGGGGAAUGACGACACCGGCGUGCAGCACCCCUUCGGCGCCAACCCCCAGCCGACCAUCGCGCAGCCGACCCCACAAGAGGCUGAGCAGCAGCAACACAUCGAAAUCGGGCCGAUCGACGACGGCCAUGGUGAGACACGCAACAACGUCGAAGGUGAUGACGGCGCGCUGAGCCCCGCCCACCGGCAGCCUGUAACGGAUUUGUAGAGUGAGUAUGCUCUCUGUGUGACUGUAAGGGUGUAAUCUCUCUGUGUCCUUUGUGUGCUGUUUUUUGAGGUUUGAAUGUAAUUGCAUACGUGUGGCUGUGUUUGGGGGUGUUUUCCUUCCCGUGCAUGCGGUGCGAGUACAGGUGUUGGUUCGUGUCGACGAGUGAGUUGUAGGCAUGCAUAUGUUUGUAGGUCACUCACACACACAUGAGCACGACGCACACUCCAAUUAAUGGCGUGAAUGCAUACACAGAUGUGUU